AUGUUAUCGAAGAUCAGUCAGAUGCUCGGGAAUGAGAUGAAGUUUGCGGUUCGAGAGCCAAUCGGGCUGAGGAUGUGGUUGCUCAUCUCGGCUGUGGGUUUCACUGUGGUUGCCUUAUUGGCCCUGAUGUUUCCUAACCAGCUCUAUGAGGUUGUGUUCGAGGAGGAGCUCUCCAACACUAGUCUCUCCGUCCGGCUCUAUGGAGGAGCGCUGUUAAGUUUGGCCCUCAUCAUGUGGAAUGGUCUCUACACAGCAGAGAAGAUCGUCAUCCAGUGGACUCUUUUGAGCGAAGCUUGCUACUUUGCAGUACAAUUUCUUGUGACAUCCAUCACCUUAAUAGAGAUGGCCAUGCUGCCCCACGCUGCCAUGCUGCUGCUCCUCAGCCGAGUACUCUUCCUGGUGGUCACCAUGGCGUACUACUACCACCUGGGUCGCAAGCCGAAGAAGGUGUGAGCUUGACUGCAGCGUUCCCCCCCCCAAGGAGACGACAGCCCAGCAUCGACGCGGCGGCAGGAAGGUUUGGAUUGUUGUUUGAAUUGGAGCUGGGAGCGUUAUUUUGCCAGCGGGUGCACGCUCCACGCUCCCUCCACGGGACCUAGCUUAGUAUCACCCUGCCAAUAGAACAUUACAGACUCUAUACGGAAAACUCAAGACCUCAUGGUAUGAAUGAUGUUGUGAGGUCCAACACAUAUCCUGCGUUUUGAGUGCUGUUGUUGUAAAAAAAAAAAAAAAAUUCUAUGAUAUUGUAUUCUUGUGUUCCUUUGUUCCAGGUAUGUAAUGUACUUGGACGUCUCUCACGCUGUUGU